UCAUUUUCAAAAUUUCAUUGAGAGGCUAAUGAUACUGAAGAUGAGAUGGCUUCUCCUUGGAAACUUUCUGGAAUGCAAAGGCAGGUCUUGGCUUUAUACCGUUGUUUUCUUCGGGCAGCCCGAGUGAAGAAUCUUGAAGACCACCAAAGAAUCGUGUCUGUUGUCUCCGCAGAGUUCCAUAAUAAUGCCAAUAAUGUUGAUCGCAAAAACUUUCAGUACAUUGAAUAUCUUUUGCGGCGUGGGAAGAGACAGCUUGAGCAACUCAAGAAUUCCACCACCCUU